GGCGUCCCUGUGACCCGCAGCUCCGCGUCAUGGAGCGGCCGGCGCCUUUGGCUGUGCUGCCCUUCUCCGAUCCCGCGCACGCCCUGAGCCUGUUGCGCGGCCUGAGUCAACUGCGCGCGGAGCGCAAGUUCCUGGACGUGACCCUGGAGGCGGCGGGCGGCCGCGACUUCCCCGCGCACCGCGCCGUGCUGGCGGCCGCUAGUCCUUACUUCCGCGCCAUGUUCGCGGGCCAGCUGCGCGAGAGCCGCGCCGAGCGCGUGCGCCUGCACGGGGUGCCGCCCGACAUGCUGCAGCUGCUCCUGGACUUCAGCUACACCGGCAGAGUGGCGGUGAGCGGCGACAACGCCGAGCCGCUGCUGCGCGCCGCCGACCUGCUGCAGUUCCCCGCCGUUAAGGAGGCGUGCGGCGCCUUCCUGCAGCAGCAGCUCGACCUGGCCAACUGCCUGGACAUGCAGGACUUUGCCGAGGCCUUCAGCUGCUCGGGGCUGGCGAGCGCGGCGCAGCGUUUCAUCCUGCGCCACGUGGGCGAAUUGGGCGCGGAGCAACUGGAGAGGCUGCCGCUGGCGCGCCUGCUGCGCUACCUGCGCGACGACGGGCUGUGCGUGCCCAAGGAGGAGGCGGCCUACCAGCUGGCGCUGCGCUGGGUCCGCGCGGACCCGCCGCGCCGCGCGCCGCACUGGCCGCAGUUGCUGGAGGCUGUGCGCCUGCCUUUCGUGCGACGCUUCUACCUGUUGGCACACGUGGAGGCCGAGCCGCUGGUGGCGCGCUGCCCGCCUUGCCUGCGCCUGCUGCGCGAGGCCCGCGACUUCCAGGCGGCCCGCUACGACCGGCACGACCGCGGGCCCUGCCCCCGCAUGCGUCCGCGCCCGUCCACCGGCCUGGCCGAGAUCCUGGUGCUGGUGGGAGGUUGCGACCAGGACUGCGACGAGCUGGUCACGGUCGACUGCUACAAUCCGCAGACCGGCCAGUGGCGCUACCUGGCCGAGUUCCCCGAUCACUUAGGUGGGGGCUACAGUAUCGUGGCUCUGGGCAACGACAUCUACGUGACGGGCGGGUCUGACGGCUCCCGGCUCUAUGACUGCGUGUGGAGAUACAACUCUAGUGUGAACGAGUGGACAGAGGUGGCGCCCAUGCUCAAGGCCCGAGAGUACCACAGCUCCUCAGUGCUAGACGGCCUUCUGUAUGUGGUGGCGGCCGACAGCACAGAGCGCUAUGACCACGCCACCGACUCCUGGGAGGCCCUGCAGCCCAUGACCUACCCCAUGGACAACUGCUCUACCACUGCCUGCCGAGGCCGACUCUACGCCAUCGGCUCCCUGGCAGGCAAGGAGACCAUGGUGAUACAGUGCUAUGACCCAGACACCGAUCUGUGGUCGCUGGUGAACUGUGGCCAGCUCCCACCCUGGUCCUUUGCGCCCAAGACUGUGACUUUGAAUGGACUCAUGUACUUCGUCAGGGAUGACUCUGCCGAGGUGGACGUCUACAACCCCACUAAAGAUGAAUGGGACAAGAUCCCAUCCAUGAAUCAGGUACACGUCGGGGGCAGCCUGGCCGUCCUGGGAGGCAAACUCUAUGUCUCUGGGGGGUACGACAACACCUUUGAACUCUCGGACGUGGUGGAGGCAUAUGACCCAGAGACCCGGGCAUGGAGUGUGGUGGGGCGACUUCCAGAGCCCACCUUCUGGCACGGUAGCGUGAGCAUCUUCCGCCAGUUCAUGCCACAGACACCGGCAGGGGGCCGUGGCUUCGAGCUGAACAGUGGUAGCAAUGACGUGGACGCAGGCUACCACAGGCUGCCCCAGAACCCUGAGGAGCUGCACUAGCCCAGGCUUGGCCCAGGGGAGGGCCUUGGUGCAAGGGGCCUGGCACCUGCAGGGAAGCAGCUCCAGGGUGCUUAGUGGGCCCCUUGAUGCGCCGUGUAAAGGUUUCUGUGCAUUCAGAGCCGAUGUCACAGCUUCUGGGGACUAAGGCGGCGGUGAUCACCAUCAUGAAUCAGCCUUCAGAAGUCACCCCAGCUCGUAGCAUCCAGCUCACCGUGCAGGGAGCCUCUCCUUGCCCUCUCCUGGGCUUGUGUGCUCCCAGGGCAGAAGGUCCUGUAAUGGUAAGAAAGUGGCCUGGCUUGGAGCACUGGGAAUCUGUGAAGACAAAAGGCUACACUGAAGUGCUAAACUCCCCAUCCGGUCCCAAGGCUCCUCCAGUGCAGCAGGUAGAGAGGUGUUCACACCACUGUCGGGGUCUCACCGUAUAGGAGUUAAGUACUAACACUGAGCUGGUGGGCUGUCACAGUGUGAGUCCAAGCUCUGUCCCCAUAGCACGUGUUCUUGCCUGGCAAGGAGGCCUUCCCUGGGACUCUUUCCUGGAGGACAGGAGCAAAGCUCGCAGAGCUGACUUACUUGCUGUGGCAGCUCUUCGGGAGCCCAGCUUCUAAAGAGAGCCGAGUGGGGCGGCCCCAGCACUUGGCCGUAGGUUUGAAAAGCUUGUGGUUUUCUGCUGUGUGUGGAAAACCUAGGAUUUCUAGGGUCGUAGGGCCAGGGACACAAGUACUAGGGCACCUGGACCACAGCUUAGGGGAUCCCUGGGUUUGUUUGUGACUUUGAAUGGUUUCAUGGGUUUGGGAGCUGAGACCCCUUUGUGCCCAGUGGGCUUGGCUGGGGUCUGUUAUCUUUUGGGGGGAAGAGGCCAUUAGGACUUUUUGUUACAGACAAAGACAAAGUUCAGCGUUGCCUUUUCCUUGUGAACUCAAGGGCAGAUGAGGCUCUAGGAGCCGAAGUUUCUGCCCUAUCACACGCCUACUGCCGCCUUCUUGUCCAGCUGGCAGAGGGGAAUGCCUUAAUUUCCCAGGUACCCACCUGCUUCCUGUUUUGAAAGCCAUGUUCUAGAAUGCUCUGCUGGGCACCUGACCCGGGAAAGAUGGUAGGUAAGGGGCGGUGCUGUCCCAACUGAGGCCUCUGGUAACCUAGGAUUCCCUUGGGGAUGUGUGGCAGAGGCGGCUUGUUUCAUUUUCUGGUGCCACCAGCCCAUCCCUCGGGUGCCUCCUUUUCUGAACCUUAAAAGAGCUGGCUCCCAGGGCCACUCAGAGUUGUUGACGCUCUGCUAUGGAGUGCCUUGCCACAGCAGGGUAGGGUCGUGUGUGUGUGUGUGUGUGUGUGUGUGUGUGUGUGUGUGUGUGUGUGUGUGUGUGUGUGAGACUAAUCUCAGUACUGGGGACAGUUGUUCAGUCCUCUUGGGGACAGGCUAGGAGGCUUUCCAGAGGAAGGGCACCACCUGCAGCAAUUAUUGCAGGGUAGUGCACACUCCCACAGGGCCCCUCUGCCCAGCUCCAGGGCUACUCAGGUUUCCACAUCAGGGCCCCACCAAAACUAAGGAUAGUAAGAAGUAGGCACUUUGUACCCACCAGGAGUCCAGGACUGUCCCUCCCUAGGUGUCACCUUUGCCACUGGCUCUGGGCUGUAACCCACUGCUUAUCACACGUCUCUACACGAACAGGGAUUGAAGCUGGGCCACCUGGGAAUGGGAUUGUCCCUGUCACAUGUACAAAGCUUUUAUAUGUUAGGACAAAACUAAGUUAUGAGAAGUUCUGUGCCUGGUGUUUGAUGCUGAUCUAUAAGGGAUUUUUUUCUUAUAUUUAUGACUUCAGAGACUUAAUGAAGACCGCCUUCGUUAGGCAGGUGGCGCUCGGUCCUCAGUGGCUGGGCAGAUUUGUAUAUUUAUUUUUGUCUGUUCUGUAGCUUCUGUGUCCAGCAUCCUAAGGUCUUGGGGUGCUUCCCUAAUUUUUGAAAUAAAAUGUUUCCU